AUGCGCUCUGCUUACGCCUUAAGUCCAUUGGCCGCCGCAAUUGGCGCCGUGGCUUCGCAGCCCGCUGAUUCAUGGGUUUUUGGAAACAGCCUGUUCUACCUUGGCCCUCCCUCGGGCAACUCCCACAUCACCAAGGCCACUUACUCCAUCGUGCCGCCGUCUGUUCCCUCUGGAGCUAAGUCCAAUGCUGACGACGAGCCUUGGGUUUCUGUUUGGGUCGGAGCCUCUUCCACUGCCGGCGACCAAGAUGCCAACCUGUACCAGCCGAUCUUCAACUGGUGCCCCGACCAGGAGUCUCAGGGCUGCCCUGCGACUGCUCAGGAGUGGUGUGUUGCCGCCAGCACCUAUACGCCAUCUGGUCAACUUGGACAGGCCUAUGUCACCGUUCCAAAGAGUACACAGGUGGACUUUGAAAUUGCCGUCGUCAACAGCAAGGUUGUUCAAACUGUCACCAUGAAUGACAAAAUAAUUUCCAAGGAGUCGGACGCUCUCGAUGCUCCCCUCCAGUAUCUCUACUCUAGUAACGAGUGCUACACCGGUGCCGGUUCCUGUGGUUCCGUCGAUGGAUGGAAAAUCACCAACCUUACCGUCACUCUCAGUGAGGCCGAUACCAGCUUUGACAGCGUCAUGAGCCUAGACAGUGUCACCGAUGCCGAGUUCAAGUCCACCGAUGGUGGAAUUACUUGGCACACCGACCGCAUCACGGUUAACACCAUCGACUUCGACAGCUCCGAUGACACUCAGGUCCAAUAG